AUGGCGGAAACGACAGACAACAAGGAGAAAAUGGCAUCAAUGCUCGAGCUUCCGCGCGAGCUCUAUCUCAUGAUAUGCGACUACCUCUCCCCGAAGGACCUUGCUAGACUGGCAUGCGUCACGAAAGACCACUACCUCGCCGCUCAACAGCCCUUGUUCAAGACGAUCAGAAUCACAGCUUUCGGAAACCUGGUGAAGCUGGUGUCCACCAUAACUAAACCGCCGAUCGUGUCGAGCAUCAGCAAGAACCUUACUGAUGCACAGCUGCGCGAGCGCGAGAUCAAGCAACUCGACCUUCUACUGAAUUAUGAGUCCAACAACGCGAACAAAGCCACCGGCAUAGUGCUCGCGCGCUGCAUCGGUGCCGUUUCCCGCUGCAACAAUGGACCCAAGAUUUCACUCGAGCUCCAUGGACCCUGGUACCAUCUACUACGCCAGCUGCAGACAGUACCUUUGCCAGAUGUUCGCAGCGUCACAAUGUACCUCGGACAGCACGACUUGGAUCCCGCGAUUGGUCAGCGAAACCCCUACAUGCACCUCGAUCCAGGCUUUGAGCUCUGGGAUCUCUGCUUCGAGGGCUCGAGCUUUCCCGACCUUGACGAAGUCAGCAUCAAUACACUGCACGUCUCGCCAGAAAACAUCCCAGCCACCUUGAACGAAGGCGCCAGCAUGGCUAUCGAUCGACCUCGUGCAGCUCACGCCCACCGCGACCCGACUUCCUUCUCGCCAUUUCACGGGCUGAGGAACAUGACUACCAUCAAGCUUAGGUACAACGACUACCUCAACACCAACGCUCUGUAUUCACUGUUUGGGUCCAACAUCAUCCCACAUAAGCUUAAGCGCCUCGAGAUCGUGAACUGCCCUGCUCUCAACAGCGUGGCAAAUCUGGAAUCGCUCAGCACACUUCUGGAGCGAAGCUUGCAACUGCUAGACCACUUGCAGCUACAUUUACAACGCACCAUCGACACUAUCAAUGACGAUCACUCUGACAUUCGCAUACGGCACUUGAUACAUGAUCAUGUCAGACUCUGGUUGGGAGAAGAACCAAUGCGUGAUCUAACGGUUCUGUACUCUUUCGACUGUAAUUCUGCCACGGUAGCACCGACCCGGCACUGCACCGACACUGCACAUUCCGCUCAAGGACCAUCGACAAAGCCAGACAGUUUAGUAGCCUGCUGGACGGAAAUUUUUCACAAUUGA